AUGGCGCCCGCCGCCCCCGUCGUACCAGCGCCACACGCCGCCGCCGCCGCCCGCCCCGCGCGCGUCUCGCCGUGCGCCCCGCAGGCGCCCUCCCCCGGCGCCGCCGCGUCGUCUGGCCGCCUGCAGCGCCUGAUCACCGCCUUCGCGCCCGGCGGCGCCGCCGCGAAGCCCGCGGCCGCCUCGACGGUCCCCAAGGCGGCGACGGUCGUCGACCCCGCGACCGCGCCGGCCGCGCCGGAGCUUCUGCUGCCGCGGUCGGCCCCAGAGGCGCCGCUGCUGCCGCCGCCGGACCACCCUGUGCUGGAGCUGCUGCGGCAGCGGGUGCGGGAGGGCAGCGUCCCGGGCCGGCGCAGCGACGGGUUCAAGCUGGGGCUGGUGGUGGAGGGCGGCGGCAUGCGCGGCAUUGUGACAGGUGGGCAGCGCCGAGCGGGACGUACGGGUGCGGCGGAGCCCCCUCGCCGCCCGGGCGCCUGGUGCGCGGCGGCGGAGGGCGCCCUGCGGCAGGCGGCCGGCCGGGGCGCGGCCGGUGCCGCCUGCGCCAUGCUCAUGGCCCUGCUGGGGUGCGACACUCGUGAGGCGUUCGACGCAGUGUACGGCGCGUCGGCGGGCGCCAUCAAUUCGACCUACUUCCUCACGGGCCAGCCCGAGGGUCUGGACAUUUACGCGGACCACCUGGCCACCAGCGAGCGCUUCCUAUCGCUCAAGCGCUACUGGAUGGGCGGGGAGGCGCCCGCGAUGGAUCUGGAGUUUCUGAUGGACGAGGUGAUGACGAACGUCACGCCCCUGGACUGGCGCGGCGUCAUGGACAGCCCCGUGCCUCUCAAGGUUGUGGCCUCCAGCCUGGACACCCUGAGGGCGGAGCUGCUGCAGGACUUUGACUGCCCCUUUGACCUGCGGGAGUGCCUCAAGGCCAGCGCCAACGUGCCCGCCAUUGCUGGGCCGCCGCGCGUGCACAGGGGGCACAGGCUGGUGGAUGCGGCCGUGUUUGAGCCGAUCCCCGUGAAGUCUGCUGUGCGCGACGGGUGCACGCACGUGCUGGCGCUCUGCAGCCGCCCAGCGAGCAGCGGGCCCGCCUGGGGCAAGGCGGCGAAGCGGGCGCUCACGGCGGCGGUCAAGCAGGGGCGGCCCUUGGAGGAUCUGCUGCUGUCAAUGGCGGGCCCCGCCCCCUCAAGAUUGGACCUGUCGGGCGACGACGAGGCGUACCACGCGUUUCUGGAUCGGUUGAUCAGCAGCAGCGGCGGCGGCGGCGGCGGCAGCCGCGGGGCCAGCCCAUCGUCGUCGCUCGACGAGCAGCCGGCGGCCGACGCCGCGGCCGCGCGCGCGCGCGCGGCGCGGAGCGACAUGGUCGGGUGCGGGCGCGCGGGGGGCGUGCGGGCGGCGGACGGGGUGGGGGGGAGCCACAUCCUGCCGAUAUACCCAGGGGCGGACGCGUCGUUCUCGCCCGUGUGCACGCACGUGCCGACCCUCAACAAAGGGCGGCAGGAGGGCUUCGAGUCCAUGCGGCGCGUGCUGGUGCCCGCGCUCGCGGCGCCGCCGCGCGCGCGGUGA